GGUUUGUAUAUGUGUGUGUUCGGGGAGGGCAGCGUGUGCGUGAUGAUGAUGAUGAUCCGCGUGACGCCAUGAGCAGGAGCAGACCAGCGGAGCAGACAGGACCCGGGCUGAGGCAGCAGCAGCAGCAGCAUCCACACCAGCAGCGCCGCCACAAAGGGACUCUCCGCUCCUCCUCUCUUCAGGGUUUGAGAUGCUCCGGCUCGGCGGCAGGAUGUGUGGUUUCUCGGCCCUGCUCUCGGUGCUCCUCGCUGGGCUCGCGGCGGCGUCUUCGGAUCUGUUCGACAACCAACUGGGCGACAUCAAUUACUGCAAAAAACAAUGCCAACUCACCAUCAAAAACAAAAGCCCUGCUAAAGACUCCAUAAUGAAUGCCUGUCACCGUGGUUGUCGCCUCUACUCCAUCUGCCAGUUCGUCAAUGGCAACGCCGGCUUCAAUACCAGCAGGGAGGAGUGUCAGGGAGCCUGCCAGGAGGCAUAUAUUAAGCUGCUGGAGCAGGAGGCCUGCAGCACCGGCUGUGCCAGCCAACCCUCUGAACCUGAGAUCAAGAGGAGGAAGCUGAAGGCCAUGACUCUCCGCCCGAAGCCCCCCUCCGUGAUGGAGGCCGUGUCCAGUUGGUGCAACGAUAUCGUCAGCUCUGCUCAGAGCUUCAUCUCCUCUACCUGGACCUUCUACCUGCAGGCAGACGAUGGCAAGGUUGUGGUUUUCCAGAGCCAGCCGGAGAUGGAGUACUCUCUGCCUGAGCUGCAGGCUCCUCGAUCCAAUGUGGCGGACAAACCCUGGCCUCAGAUCCACUCUCACACCCAGAGACCUCAUGGUGUGAGGGGACAUGGAGAGAAGGGAGCAUCCAAAGCAGGAGGCAAAGGGAAGCACCCCGUCCAGCACGCAGACGACCCCACAGCCGAGCACGACUUCCUUGGCUGCAUGUCGAGACGCUCAGGUCUUCCGCGGUGGAUUUUAGCAGCCUGUCUCUUCCUGUCCAUCAUGGUCAUGCUGUGGCUCAGCUGUGCCAGCCUCGUCACUGCGCCAGAGCAGCACAUCAAGACACAGCUGAGUAUCAAUGGAGAUAAAGAGUUUCUAGACAAUGCCCACAAAGUCAACCCGUACCACCUGAGUCCUGUGAUCGCUGUCGCUGUGAAACAGUCAGAGGAGAGCCAGGAGGCGGGCCCACUGCCUGUGAAAGUUGACCUCAACAAAACGUGCGUUUAGUAAGGACCAAUGGGGGAGCUGCUGUCUCGUCUCCCAGGGUGGGGUAACCAUGUCGAAAAAAAAAAAAAUCAGUGGCCUGUCAGCAGAAUUUUUAAAAACAUAUUUUUAAGAGCAUGGCACCCUCCUCGUCUUUUGAAAUUAUCUUAUCGAAAAACAUCUAGCUCGUGUUGAUCAGACAGGUUUUUUUCAGUUAGCCACGCCUGUCAUUUCAUCUCCUUGUACAGCCCAGAUACGUUCAGAGUCCAUCCUCAAACUAUCCUUGGUGAUCAUCCUGCUCAUUGCUUAUUGAUAAGACGGCACUUUUGUCUUGACACAAGCAGAGAGGAUGAUUUACAGCUGAGAGCUUUCAUAUCAUUUUUCAUGUCUUGUGUGGACAAGAGAAGACAAACGCUGAGAUUCAUUUUUGAUUUAAUUCCCCUCAAUCUCACAGGGAGUUUGGAUGAAUUAACAGUGAAAAAAAACAUGUGAGAGGGAGGAAGGGAAGAUGGAGUGGGUGAACAUCCCUGUAGCUCACAGUUGAUGGUCAGUUUACAUAAUCAGCAUUGUGAGCUGUUUAGCAACACUGUCUUUAAAAAAUGGGUCAAAAAAUAAGAAAAUGGUGUUUUUCCCCUCACACAAGGGGAAACAAUUGUCUGGCGAUCAACCCAUUCUCAACGAGAAAAACAAAAUCAGCAUCUUAUGUCACCUUAUUGCUGUGUGUGUGUGUGUUUAUGUGUGUGUGUGUUUGGGUACAUGUGCAUCUACAAACAGCACACGUUCAUUUAUUCAGAACUGGAACUGGAUUCAAACUGGACGCUCUGUCGGAGAAUGAGCAAAAACAACACCUUUAUUUAUUUUCUUCUCUAUUUAUUCAGAAUCAUCAACAUGAGUUAUCUGUUAAAUAGUGUUAUUGAAGUGCCAUGUACAGUUAAGUCAUCAUACAAAUGUAAUUGCUCUGUAUGUAAAAUAUACUGUAACUGGAAAGAGACACAUAGAGAAGGAAGACUGCACCUAUUACUGUAUUAUUAUUAUUAUUAUUAUCAUUAUUAUUAUUAUCAUAUUAAUGCUCUUCUAUCACUUAAAGAGUUCUUAGCUGUUAUAUGUACCAUGUGCUUUCUAAUAGCUGACUAUUUUGUAUGUCCUAGGAGCACAUACUGAAGGAUAACCUCUGUAACAAUGUGUAAUGCAAAGCUUUUAACAUAGACCUUUGUUAUUGAACAGAGUGAAAUGCACAGUCUUAGAGAAGAUUUUUCUGUUUUCCUCUCUGUGCUUUUGAUGUCCUGUAACGCUCUCUUUUAAUCCAGGCUACGUAGACAAUAAAACCGUGCAUGCCAGUGACGCUUUGAUAGUUUAUCUUAACCGCCCGCCAUGCCAGUACGGCACAACUCUACUAUAGACUUGUGAUUUUUUGUGUUCAUAUUUACUGUAAUCACUGAAUAGAAUGUGUAAUGAUGAAUGACAGUGUCCUUGUGAUUUAAAGGAAGGACUCAAUCAAUUAAAAAGCCAUUCAAUCAAUAUCUGUGCUGGUUCAAAUUGAAGGUAUAUCUCUAGGAGUAUGAUAUGAAUUUCAAACUGUAUUGUUUCCUUUUUACUGGUCUGUUUAUUUUCAUUUAAAUGAUACUCAAGACAUGAUGAAUAAAGUGUUUUCAUUGUAAAUAAAUAAGAAACAUAAGUGUG